AUGGCAUCAACAGAGAUACCUAUAUUUACAACACCUCAAGAAGAGAUUCAAUAUUGGAAAAAGAGAGUAGAAGAUAAACAACAAGAGAUGGACGAUUUAGAGACGACAUUUACUGAAUUUCAAGAUUUUUCAAAACAAUUAGAAGAAGAAAUGGAAGAUGAAUUAAGAAUCUGUGAAAAAAAAUGUGCAGAUUUAGCUUCACAAUAUGCGCGAUUAAAAAAUGAUCAUGAAACAAUUGUAGAUAAAUUAAAUACGACAAAUAAAGAAUCAUCAAAAUUAAUAAAUAGUUUACAGGAUGAAGUAACAAAAUUACAAACAACGAAACAAUCAUUAUUAGAGGAUAAAAGAAGAUUAGAACAAGAUAAUGAUUCAUUAGAAAGAAGAGAAAGAAACUCUUCAGCAUCAGUUAUAGAUCUUUCCGAUAAAUUAGAUAGAGUAAUGGAAGAAAACGUUUGGAUGCAAAGUGAAUUAGAAGAAUCAAAACAAGUUGCAGAUGAAACAAUUCAAAGAUUAAGAGAUGAUAUUAGAGAUUUAAGACAUGAAUUAUCAGUUAGAGAAAGAAAACCAAGUUCAGCAUCAAAUAGUAUUAAUGGUAAAUCGAAUGGCGAAAAGAGUAUAAAUAUAAAACGUGAAAAUCCAACAGCAUAUAAUAUACCAAGAGCACAAAAAUCACAAAGACAAAGAACAGAGGAUACAGCAUCAUCAUCAAGGGCAAGUUCAUUGGUGGUUGUAAAUGAUCUAAUUAAUUUAGUUACAGAUUUAGAGACAAGAAUUUCAAAUUUUAAAAUAAAAUCAAAUGGUGGUAAUGUUUCAUCAAAUGGACAAGAUAUAGGUACACCGACUUCACCAGUUUUAAAACAUCAAAAUUCUUUUACAAAUUUAAGUGAUUUUAAAACUUCUUCACCUCCAUUAGAUAUUAUUAGUAGUUGUGGAAGUAACAAUAAUAAUAAUAAUAACAACAACAACAACAGUAAUUCAACACCCACAGGUUCAUUGCUAACUCAUUUCGAAAAUACAAAAAAUAAUAGUUUUGAUAUUAAUAGUACAAAUAUCCCAAGUAAUAAUAAUAGUCCUUUUAAACCAAAUUUUAAUAGUAGUAGUAGUAACAAUACAAAUGAUUUAAAUAAUAUUAAUAAUAAUAAUAAUAAUAAUAAUAAUAAUAAUAAUAAUAAUAAGAAUGAAAAUGUACAAACUUAA